CUCCUCUGUGUGACCACGGGUUGGAGUAAACGGCACUAGUGCUGUGAGCGCUGAUUUGAAGUGAAGCCAAAAAAAUAAAUAAAAUGCAUACGAAAGUUACGAAAGUGACAGCAGUAGUAGAUCUAUUGUACUUCUGUAGUGUGCAGUUCGGGAUAUUUCCCACUGCAGCCGGAGAUCGAGUACUAACUGUCUCCCUUUCCUUUCGCCUCUCUUCGGUAUAUUAUGCGGAGCGGCCAGCGUGUGUAGGCUACAAGGUUAAGCUUGCUCGAGUGCUGCCCACCAAACAAGAAGUCCAGUACAGGAAAGCUCAAUUGAAGCUCGACUCCGGCGGCGACUGCAGUCAAAUUAUAAUUAUUCAAGUCCCUCCGUCGUGGAUAUCUCGCUUGGGCUGACAUUGCAGACGUGAUGCUCAGACAACGGAGUGCUGCCGGUGAGAAUCUACCGAACUCCAGCUGCCCAAGCCACAGAGAGGAGAGCAUGCUUGCUGGCCACGUCGAUGUUGGCGCAGACACUGCCGGCAACGCCGUCAAACGCCGCCUGAUGUUCGGGGCUUUGAACAGGAAGAUCAUGGAUCUGUCGGCAUGGAUCCGCGUCGGUGGACCAGACGGCACGGCAGCAGCAGCGGUACUCGUACGGGAUCAAGAGCUGUCAGAUACAGGUCGUGUUCCGAAGAAAUUGGGCACCACAGACCGCGAACGACGCGCGGUGGAGGGCGCCAAAUCGUGGUGGGACGUCGACCGCGGAGACGGUGGAGAUGAUAGCACGAAGAAAACGGCGAGAGGAGGUAACCUCUCGCCCCUCACGGUGACACCACCACAACCACCACCUCCUCCCCCCCCUCCCCCUCUUUCUCCUCCCCCUCCUCUGUCUCCUGUUCGGCGAUGGUCCGACGCCGACGUCGUACGCGUCGCCAGCACCGCGCUGAUGGGGGACCUGAAACUGUCGCCGCUCACGGUCCAGGCGCCGCCAAACAACCGGCAUCGUCGACGAUGUGAGCCGUACACCGCCAAACCGCCAGUCGUCGAGGAUUUCGACUUCGAGGGCCGCACGAUUGAGCCGAACAAGCCGUCGGACUCGCCGUUCGCCGCGGCCUUCUCUGUGCCGCGUAGCGACGACGAGCAACACCUCGUGUUCAUCGGGCUAGGAGAGACGGGACGGCCGUUGCCAACGCUGGCAGCGAGGGCUCAGUUCUCGGCCAACCCCGGACGCAAAGCUGAGAGAAUGGUCGGGCCGUUGCAGGCCGGCAGCAAUGGGCGUGUGUACGGGGCGGUGCAGUAUCCGAGCAUGGCAGAACUAUGGCCGGAGGUGUACAACUCGACAGCCAUUCGGGUUGUGAAGGUGGACAUGCUCGUGGAGGUCCGAUCGCGCUACGGCGACUCGUUGUACCUUGCGACUGAGCUAAAGGCGAUGUACCGUCGACCGCCAGGGGGCAGUAGGAACCAAGGCGCGUUAUGGAGGCCGUAGAUACGUUUAUGGCGACGAAGGACGCACUGAACGCCGUCAAGUAGCACGGGAUAUUACAAAGCAACAUACGCUGUUUCAACGGGCACGUAGGCAAGCACGAGGUAAAAGAGUCAGAUACCUUUGGUUUUGCGGGUAUUGUCCGGCAAAUCUUCCUUCUUUAGUGGGUAGGAAACUUCCACUGCGGACUUCACAGAGGCCACGAUAAGUGGCGUAGAUGUAUGUAUUCCAGCCUCAUGGCCUCGAUCGGCGUAUGUAGGGUCCUUGUUGGUGCGGUAUCGGUUGGCCAUCCUGCGCGUGACUAUGGGUGCCGCAAGGCUUCUACAACUUUAAUUUCUGUUCGGACAAGUCCCUCUUCCGUUCAUUUUAGAUCAAGUAGAGGAAUUGUCGUGGUGGUAGGUAGGGGGGAAUACCGAAAGGUAAGGCGUUGCGAGAAUGCACGAUCGAGUUCUAUCGGCGAUGUGUGCCGAUGCGAAGACUGUCGCAAGGCGUUGUGCGUAUGCAGAAACGGUGCUUCAGGUCUCUCUUGAAUGUCGUGACGGAUGGUGGGGUAUGGUGUCUCAACAGCGAAAACCCGCGACGAAACCAAAUAUAAGAAUGAUUCCGUGGUCGGGAUAGGUAUGGUUUAAAUCGCUUUCGUUCCCUCUUGUGAUGUAGGUUACCGCGAGUUGGCAGCAUACCACAGUUAGGGCCCGGAGAGGAGAAUUAUUUAUCGACUUUUCCGUCGAGACUCAAUUUCGUAUUUCGCCGCCACGGUGGAGAAAUAUAUAGAUUCUAGUGUUGAAUCCUCGGCAGAGCUAUGCUUCACAUAGCACCAAUUGCAAAAAAUUCGCAAACGCUGGAAAUAUUCAUAUUUCUUGCGUUCUCCAUUUGUCCUACUUUAUAUCGUAGAAGUAUGUGACUAGCCACGUCUGACUGUUGGCUGGCUAGGGGUAGUUUAGUUCCUGUCGGCUUGUUGGUUCUGCUCUGCUUUCGCGUCUCUUCUUCUGGGUGCUUUUUCUUCUACCUUUUGGUUUCCUAAAGAAAUGUCAUUUUUAUGCAGAUAGUCGUGGACCGCACAAGGGGGCCCCCUCCGUUGGACCGGUACAGAUGCUAGAAGGUGAUGAGCAGAGACCGGAGCGGUUCUUCAUGUGAAUACAACACAGCUCCUUUUCUAGGAGACGUUUUUCUUGACUGCGGGCCCCUCUAGAGAAUACGCCGGAGGGACAACGAAAAUAAGAAUAGGCCGCCUGAUGUAAUGCGACAUGGGUGGUGACACAAUUUUGACGUCGAGCCAUAUUCGCGCAAUGCAGGAAAUGCUGGGCCGAGGGGGACUAGGCAUUAUUAUGAACGGCGAGUGUGUAGAUAAUGUAUGCAAAGUACGAGAGCGAGGUGGGGGGGGGGAGAGUUCGGUAAACCUUGUAUUGUCGUGGACCUCGCAUAAGGGGCGGGGUGCGAAUCAAGUACCCGUGUGGCUGUAAUAUAGUAUUGAUCACACGCCGUGGGUAUUUCAUGUUUCCCUUUGGGCAUCGACCACACGGCGGACCAAACGUUGACUUCAUUCCAGAGAUCCCGCAUGAUUCGAGAUGCCAUCGUAGAAACCCAUUGGAUUCCAGGAGUCGGCCAUUGUUUGUGGUCACGCGUGCUGGAAAUUUAUUCGUGUGAGGGAUGUGCACGCGGCAGUUAUUGUACGUGCGUGUAUUGGUGUGUGUGUGUCAUUAUUACUAUCAUCGACCACCGACUGUGUGUGGGUGUGGCCUCACACACACGCUGUGCAUAUGUGUUCUUAGACGACAUGGUACCCAUACUCAACACCAACCACUGAGGGUGUUGGUGCCUCGAACACGAUAUAUCUCUAGUUGAGGCCUUUGUGCUUUCCGAAUGCUUGUUUCUGUUGGCUAAGAAGUUGAGACGUUAUCUUGUUUGAGUUUUUUGUCUUUUCUUUGAAGCUGUUUUCUUCAAAACUGUCCGUCACCGUUCCGACGCUUUCCUGAUGUAGCGCUGGGACGCUUGUUGGGUACUUUUUCCGAGGAUUGUUUCUUUGUGUUCAUGGCGUUCAAAAAUUCCAGGGACGAGAGCGUUUGGUAAACUGAUGGAGACGCGUUGUGUUGAAUGCAUAGCCAGUUGUGUUGAAGGGGUUUCGUCACGUGGUAUUUUCUGUGUUGGUCAGCUAUUACUCUUGAAGCAUGUCAAGGUUGUCUCCUACCUAUAUCAAGAAGGGGGGCUGUUUGUGGCACUUGGGUGCGAUAUCC